UUGAAUAAUUUGACGACGACCGGACAGCAGGUGCGAAUAUUUCAUAAAGGAAUUGUUCGUCGCCAGCCGAUAAAUUAACUUGCAGAUUUCUUUCGUAACACGCCAGAAAUUAUUGCAAUUUCAUUCGAGUUUACGACAUUGAAGAUUAUUGGAAUAUUUUCCGUACCAUCGAUAUGGAAACGUCGGUUACUAAACAUCGUACAAAGAAUGUGAGAGAAAAGCAAGUACGCAAAUUGACAUAUUUUGACAAGAUGAUCACGGCCUUUGGAACGACGUAAAAAUUGCUUGAUUCGUUUCCACAUAAAAAUAGAAGGAAAUAACGCGUGUACAUCAUUGAUUAUAAAUAGUCGCUUUCUAAAAAGAAACGCCGACCAGAAUAGCUCGCUAUCGAUCCUUUUCUUUCGUCGAGUUCGCAAUUAAACUUAAACACAGUGGGUAACUUUUUCUCAGAAAUGAAAUCUCCGACUCAAUUUCCUUAUUUUUCAUUCUCCCCCUGUUUCGAACCACACGCUCUCCUUCACUUUACUCGUACGAAUUUAGACCUACGACGCAUGGAUCGCGAGAAACUGAACCCUCCAACCUCACAAAUAAAUUAAACUUUCCCAACAACGUAAUUAGAGCGAAGAUCGACGUUCGCAGGCACCGAGCAACACUGGCCUGAGGAAGUCGAACGAACAAAAUCCGUCGGUGGUCUCACGGGAUUUCAGGCUGGUGCAAAUGAACCGCUGGAUAACAAACGAAAAGUUUGUCGCGCUGAUAAUGCAAGAAAGCCAUCAACAGGUAGCCAGAAGCAGGAGGCUAGGUGGAACUAGUUUGCCACCUUAAUUACAAAUUUCUUCUUCUUUUUUUUUUUUUUUUUUUUUUUCAACUUUGGAAAGUGUUAAGGAAAGGCGAAAGCCGAAAGGAAGACGAAAGUACGGCGAAGAACGGGUAUCGGUAGGGUUUGGCGGGGGUCGGAGGAGCCGCUGCGGUCACAGCACGCGCACACAUGUUCGCCAGUCGGCAUGGGGGCAGAGGGUGGACGAGUGGGAGAGCGGAGCGCGCGCCUUGGCACUCGGCGAGGCGGCGCGCACCGCGACAGACCGACAGAAGCGGUGGAAAGCGGAGCUCGGCCGAAGCGAGUCGAGGCUCAGUCGCAGUCACGAAGCGGCGCCGAGCACCUCCACUCGGUUGGCCAGUCGUCCCUCGCUAUCCGCCUCUUUCCUGUCUCUCUUUCUUUCUGUUUCGUGUCGGCUUUCCUCGAUAAGUUCUCCAACGUGAGGAAAAAAAAAACACCAAGAACCUGUCGCGUGUUUAUAAUUAAACGAUUGCAUCGACCAAAGUGUCCGCAAGGAACGUUACUCCCUUUUUUCCUCUCUGUCGAUCCUCUCUUUCCUAUUUUUCUCUCGUCACGACCCGUUCUUCUUUCAUCCUGAUACCCGAAGGCGGAUCUCGCGCGCGCGCGCGCGACCUAACGACGCGAUGAAUUUCUCUCGAGAGCCGACGAACGCACGGCGUGGCUCCAUGCGCUUCGCCGCGCCUCGCUCCGGCUAUAAUUAACAAAACCGCUCUCGUACUGCCGAGAGAAACUGUUCCCUUGUAACGUGCUGACGCUCCCGAUCAUGCCGCCUCCCGACGAACCUGUGCUUUAAUCGUUCUUACUUUCCACCGAUUCGAAGACAAAUCGAUCAACAGUGUAUCGUAGGCGGUGAGAGACAGUAGCCGAACAGAUGGAUCGUCGUUAGAAGCUGGGAAGAGAGGCGAGACUGUGUCCAGGGCACGCGAACGCCAGCAAACACGGCCACCGCGAACCUUGACCGUGAGUCUCUGUUCAGGUCUUUCCGUGGAACGACCGACCUAUUAACCGAUCUAUUCUCAUCUCUGGCGGCGUACUCGACGCGCGACCGCCUUCCAAACGCGACGUUUCUUCGCGUUCGCGUCUCUCAGUGUAAAAAGUGAGUUCGCGCGGUAUCGGGAAGAUCUUCGCCGAGCCUUUUUGCGAUCAGGCUCGACAAUUUUGUUGCGUACGUCGCCAGUGUACGCCAGGAAAGAGAGCGGCUGGAAGAACUGCCGAGGUUUCGAACAACCGUGACAAGUGGAUUUCGCGAGUGUCGAGAAGGAACGAGCUGCGGAGACGUCGGUGUGUGAAGCGGAAUCCUCUCCCGGAUCGCGACGGCUGCCACGUUUCGAAUAGCAGUUUCGUUGGCGAUGCGCGAGUAGGAUAGAGGAGAAGAGAGCGGCCGAGGGACGGAGAGAGACAGCGAGGAACCAGCGGCGAAGACAGAGGAGAGACGCUUUUAAACUGAUGAGAUGACAGUGCUGUGCGUGUUGUGGGCGACUCUGUCCACCGUGGCAUCGAUUCUCGCCUGCUCCGGAUUUUACCUGCCUUACUGGAUUCAGGGACGACUGCUAGGAAAGGCAGACGCGUACUUUAGUUCCUUUCGACGCUGCAACUAUCCACGGCUCAGGACGACGAACGCCCCGCCCGAAAUAGUUUACGAGUGCGCCAGAUACUCCAGCUUUUGGGACAUUCCGAGCGCCUGGUGGCAGGCGAGCACCGUCACCAUGGGAAUCGGUGUCGCGAUCGCGCUGAUCGGCGCGCUCACCCUGCUAGCCGCUGUCACCAGCUUCCUGCCGCACAUACUGAAAACGCCUAAGCACACCAGAGUCCUGGGCUCCCUGCAGUUGCUCGCUGUGAUGAUAUGCGGCGGCCUGGUGAUGUAUCCUAUAGGAUGGGACAAUCGGGAGGUACAGGAGUCCUGCGGCAAGAGCGCCAACGUAUACAAUCUCGGAAAGUGUUCCGUGUCAUGGUCGAGCCACCUGCUGGUAGGCUCGGUGGCGCUAUUAAUGCUGUGCUUCGGGUUGAGCUUCUGCGCCGCACGACACAAGUCAUCCAACCCACACACCGAUCCUCUGCGCAUUUGACAAUCGAGAUAUUCCCAAUCGAUUCACGCCUAUGCCUCGCCGAAGACGACCACCCUCUCUUUCGUCACGGUCUGUUGAUCGUGAACCGGACGAGCAUCGAGAAACCACCACGAGCCUCUGCGUUCACCUGGGUACGCCACCACACGUCACAUACCACACACACCACACGUCACACGUCACACGUCACACGUCACACGUCACACGUCACACGUUUGUGCGCGACUGCGUCGAUCUCGGCGUCUAUCCAAAGCUGGGAUUUCUUAUUAGCGUCGGACUCAUUUACGCGUCUUUCGGUCGAACGCAACAUUUACACGCAGACAGAUUUCCUAUCGGUGUAAUAUACUUGUAUUAUAAUACAAUGAAGAAGAAUAUGACAGACAGAAGCCUAACGUACAGUAGAAUUUCGUUUGUACGAACGAGUUAACGCUCAGCUUCGCGUACCAGCCUCUCGCAAGCUAAACGAUCGAUCACGUUAUUAGGUAUCUUUGUUAUUCGAUUUUCAAAAAACAAGUAACUUUUGUGAAUUCAUUCGUUCGUUGCCAGAAGAUAAAUAAUAGGAUAAAUUCUAGAGUAAAUUUAAAAGAAAAAUAGCGUUUUUAAAGCGACACUCUGUUAUUCGAUCGAAUAUAAUUUCAAUCGUACGCGUAUUCUUACAACGACUAUACGCGAUCAUUUGUGUUGCAAACUAAAUUCCCAAUGCCGAGGAAGAAAUAGUUGAACAGGAUACCGAAACCACUGCUUCGCCACAAUUGCCGAAUAUCAACUUGUAUCGUUCGAACUAGUCGGACGAGGUGUCUUUUCUCAAACUUUAUCGCUAGAAUUGCUCGGUUAUCCGAACUAACGUGUUCCCCUGUUGAGAAACGAGCUUCUACUGUGCUUCUAAAUAAUUUUCAACCGUUGCAUUUGCAUUAGACACGAUGGACGCUUAUAGGAAAUCCUAUCUUAACGCGUCUCGCACUCUACUUACGAACGAAUCAUUACGGAAUUACCUCGAAACGACCACCGAUCGUCUCGUCGAUCGACAACGUGUUUCUUAUCGACGGUAUUUCGCCUGCAUCAAACUUUCUAAACGAUGUGCACUUACCGACAAGUUGAAGCUAUCGACAAGAUCGUCAUCGACAUAGAGUUUCGUCAACGGUGUGCAAAUCAUCAACGCUAGCGUGGUCGUUAGUCAGCACUCGAAUAAUACGACAGUGUUUUAUUUUUGUUUCAUCCGUAACGCUUCGUCUCGUGGUAAUUUCUCCAAUAUAUUUUUUAUCAGAGACUGCGCCGUUUGUAAGAAGAAUAUAGUCGACGAUCUCGCGUCGGUGAAUGCACAACGUUGACGAAAUUGAAAGUCGACGAAAACACUGGCGACGAUUUCAAUCCGAUUAACGCGUGCGUAGCAUCGCUGAAGCUCACAGUGUCGAGAUAUUCGUCAAUGAAAAAUUCGUCAAUGAUCUUGGUCAUCUAAAGGUAAUUUUUAUGUGUAUAGCAUAGCGUUUGCUCCACCGGACGGUGUUUUCGUUCCUGGUUUCCGAACCGUGUUAGACGGUUCGCCUCGACACCCUAUCGAUACCGCCCCCUCCCACCGUUAAAAAAAAGUUUCGCUAUAAAAAAAAAAGAAAAAAAAAAACAAAAAGAAAAGAAGGAAAAACGUAGAUGCGCGGAAUGCAAGAACAUCGCCUACGGUAUGUUUCAAGGAAGAGAAAUUCCAGGAAGAUUCAUCGAGGAAUAAAACUGGACGCGACUGAAGAAGCGAAUGCAGCGGGGAGCGAGCCUAGUUUGCUAAUCGAUGCGAAGCUUCUGGCAGCGUUAGACCACGCGAGAUUCUCGCGUAUUUGAACGAAUCGUUUCGCGUUACGAUCCAGCCGUCGCGGCUAAAUUAAAUUACGCGCGCACGACCUGACUUUCCAGCGCUUCUCGGCGUCGCAGACAGCGAUUAAUUUCCAUCAGGAAAGUCAAACCCUAGCUAGAAUCAGUGACAACGCGGUCGCGUGAAACGACUUUGCUUUCUGGAUCCGAUGGCACGGCUGUUCCUCUCCUUACGAAGAGACGAGUUAACUCGAGUUGCCAAUUUGAUGUAAUUUGGUUUCUUUACGUCGACGGUUAGCAGCGAGUUGUAGCGCAACUUUAUGCGAAACAGUUUUGUUUCGUAGGUUUUAUACAAGAAUAGGGAAAUUAUCGAUCAGGCCAUCGGAGCGUUGCUCUCUCGCGCAGGAGACCAUAAACGAUAGACAAUUUUUCGUCCUAUCACGACGCUUUAAUUGGAAAUUCUCUAUCUUUUUACGUGUCGUUUACUACGGGCAUCUACGCGCGAUGAAAGAUCGCCGAUCCGUAUCGGAGCUUAGCCAGGCUCCGACGAAAAAAGAGACGUUCCGAGUAGCAAGAAUACUUUAGACAGGUAACGCGAACUCUAGACACCUGUUCUCGUUGUCGAAAGCAAACUCCUCUCGCCUAUCUUCUUUAUGACCAGCAGUUGAUAUUUGAUAUUUGAACGCUACCAGCUCGGAGUUUGCUUCGGGGCGUUCCGUAUCCAACUCUGUAUUCAGCGUUCGGUUGUUUCUCCAGCGAAUUCACUCUCCUCGGAGCUGGAUAAGGCAACAGUCACGCUGCGUUGCCUUUUUCACUCCGCCUUUGUUCGCGAGUUCGCCAUUCGAGAGACUAAACUUUCCACGUUUAAUCCUCGUUGUUUCGAGCGAUCGCGGUAAGUAAAUUUGGUCGAGCGAUGGCGCGUUUCGCCGCCACCGAUUAUCCGUGAGGAGCAUAUGGGAAAAUUGGAAAAAUCGAACGACGGCUGAUACGUCAACGAUACUCGAACCGCGCUCGAAAUUCUAUGCCGGAGCUCGUUAGCUGUGCGCCAACAAAAGGGUUAGGUGGCUCGAUUCAGCCGGUCUAGUGAAAAGAACGAAUCACGACGCGCCAUCGACCACUUUCCUAAUUUGCAUGGAAGGCGCUCGUCGAAUCGCGGUUCGCCGCAAUUAAAAUUAUGCGACCGAAAAGGAAAAAAGGGGGAAAGGGGGAGAGAGAAGAAACGACGGGAGCCAGGGGGGGGACAGCUGUUGGGAGUUUGAUUUUGCUGGCGGAUUUUCGAGCAGGUACCUUCGAACGGCUCGCAUUGUGUGGAUUAAAUCCGCGAUGCUCGAAGAGGCGCGGGGGCCGGCUCGUUCUGGUUCCACGCAUCGUCGGUUUCUCGCGGUCGCGCUCUCGCGUAAGCUUCGUCCGUGGUCGAUCCGGGACCACGGAACAUUGGAUUCGUCGCGGUUCGGCGGACCGAACGCGUGGCCAAAUCAACGUUCAGUUUCCAAAUCUUUGAAUUCCAGCGACGUUUUGACUUUUCCCAUGCAAACGAAACUCGUACAAAUCCGUACGACACGGUUAAAGCGUAUAUUACGCGUUGGUCCUUGACAAACAGUGGAGGACGCGAGAAAGGGGAAAAGUGACGUAAAGAGAGCGGAAAAAGAGAACUCGAUGGGAGGUCACGUGUUACGCGAUUUUCCGGCCGCGGCAAAAACAACGGCGCCUUUGAAAAAUGUCAUAAAAUCGCUAAAAGCCACGGUCUCUGUUUCUGUCCGCUUUUUCACCUCCCCUGGCCGUCUCUCGUCCCAUCCGCGCCUUGUUUCUUUCCCUCUGUUCCGCUUUGUGCGAAACGAGACACGAAAUUUUCGAGUGCACCGCUAGACGGAAAACGUAACUGUAAAACCGUGACUCGCUCGUCCGUGCUUUUUCCUACCAUUCCUUAGCCUCGUUAACGACAGGCGUGGACUAAUUGCAAAGCGGACUACCACCGCGCCUACACCGCUGUUCUAGCAUUCUAGCGCCAGCUCGGCAACGCGAAACUUUUCCAGAAACUACCGUUUUAUUCGAAACGUCGUGAAUUUUACAAUUGAAAAUACAAUUCAUAUCCAUGUUUCUUAAGACCUUAUUGGCUGUUUUCAUAAGUGCUACGUGCUCUCGAAAUUCAACCGCAACUUUUUGGAAUACCCUGUAUAUUCGCCCGACGUUCGUUCCACGAUGAAUCCGCAGAGACUACCGUCUUCUUAUUAAAAUAACAUCGAGAAGAUUGUAUUCGCAAGAAACGGUCGUGGAAGCGCGCAAACUUGCUACGGACUGUUUCGAACGCGAAUCUGUAUUUCCUUAGCGUAACGCGGAAAGUAUAUGAAACUCGGCGGAGCGGUUUAAACGAACGGUAAUUUAAAUGGUAAUCGAGGCAGACGAUAUCGCGCGGCGAUUCUAACCUAAAUUUAAAACGCCGAAACUUGCGCGCUUCUUGUUCCUAUCGUCGGAGGAAUCAAUUGCGGUGUUUCCUCGUCGCGUUAACGCGAAAGUUGUUCGCGCGGAAACACCGAAGAAGAGCGACCACCGACGAAAGAUUUACCGUGCCAGGAUACAAGGAGGAACCGGUGUAAAAGAAGAGUCAGGAAGUGAAACAAUCGAACGAGGUACACGCCGCGUUGGUCCGCCUCGAGCUUUUCUCUUUUCGCUGCUCGUCCUCGACUUUGCGCUUUCUUCGUCCUCCAGCCGUUCGACCAACAUACGUCGGAACGUGUCCUCGGCGUUACGCCGUUACACCCCGUGAAAAUUAUUACGCUCGAUUUCCCAUUUUUAACGUCCCUUUCGCCGCCCUCUUUCGGUUCACCCUUCCCCGCCAUUUUCUCGAGGACAGUUUCUCUCGGUGGGCUGAACACGGUUGCCUCUUCGCCAGGAACAAGGAGCACCGCUGAGCGAUCGAUCGACAUCUUCGGUUCGAGCUGUCCGAGUCAGGGCCCAGGAUCCAGGCAAACUUCCCUUCUAAAUCCAGACUUGUCCACGAGACUGUGUCUCUCGCACGAUUUCCUCUUCUUGCUAUCUCUCUUCUCACGAUCCCCUUUUUGCCUCUUAUCGACUUUCGGCAUUCUCGCACAGAAUCGUUUCUCUUCGCUCCGCGAACGAAUCACCGAAGAACACCUCGCACAGUGCUUAGUCGCGAGCUAAGGACACGAAAGCGUCGAGAGGCAGAGAGUCUGUUCUCGUGACCGAUCGAGCUAUCGUGACACGAGAAACGAGGGUCGAAAGGUUGGAUUCUCUACGGAUAAGCGUCGCACGUGUGAGUGUUUAACGCGUCGACCGCCACGUCAACGUGCACGUCCGUGACCCAAAUUUUCCUCGGUUACUACACUUUUUAGAACGACGAAGCAAGAUUCUGCGUUAUGCGCGCACAGCUAGACCGCGGAUUUUUAUACAUUUUUCGGAGAUUUAAUUUCGUACAAACAGUACAUAUAGGAAAACGCGCGAAAUAUCGAAAGUACGAUACUCUUUGCAAUUUAUAAUUACAAAUGUUACAAAACGGCGUUCCGUUUAUCGGUCCAUUUUUUAAAACACAUUGGUGAAAAUACGAAUUUGCUGGUACACCCGCGGUCUGUUCGCAACAGUCUACGUAUUUAAUUCCUCCGUGUACGUGCUUGAUGGAACGACGAUCUGUCGGAACACGAAUUCGCUCUAACCGUAAGCAUCGAACGUAAACGUCUGACGCCCGUAGGAAAUCUCAGCCGAAGAGUCCGAUCGAUCCGUCGAUCGACUAGCGUUCAGCCAUCGUUCGGAUCUCUGCGAGCGUGCAACGGAAAAACGAGCCGCGGCUGCUAGCGAAAAGGUACGAGUUUGCGUUUAUAUAAAGCCACCGCAUCGGGCGGAGUUCCAUUAAGAGAGAAACGAGCACGACUUUCGUUCCAGUCCGAUGCACAGGGUCGACGUCGGUGUGUGCCGACGUACCUAUUGACUUUUCCAUCGAACGAUCUCCGGUAGCGACCGCGCGAGUAGACCAAAAGCGCGAGACGAGGAAAGAGAGAGAAGAUUACCGUUACUAUUCGCGACGUGUAUGCCGCGACGUGCAUUGGAACGCGGGAUACACGGGGAAAAACGGGAGUAGCCAAAGCCCGGAUAUCCCGCGGCGAGUUAUCGACGAAAGUCGGAUGAAACAAAAGUUGGGCGACUCGUUCGCUUAAGAGUUUACGCCUCGAGGAUGCCACGAUACGUUACGGCUUACCGAUCCUCGAUCCUUGUUCGUACGCUCACGAUCGAAUUUUCCCUUCGAUUUCCAACGAUCCGCGACCUGUUGCGAGAACGCGAGCUUGUGUUUCUCUUUGUUCCACGUUUCUCGAUUCACAUUGCGUGUCCUCCGUUCAGGCAGACUGAAACGCAAGUGGAAUUAUUCGAAAAAACGUUAAUUUUGUCGUGUUUUCUACUUUGUUGCGCUCUGGUCUCCUACAGAGAAAAAACAUUAAUUGAAACGUUGACUGCGACAGUGACUAUCGAGGUUCCAGGUUUUAUACAAUUUUCUCGAACGAUCAAGCUGCGAUAAAUUUCUGGACGUAGGACAUUGAACAACGAUUUAGACGGGAUUGUCAGAAAAAAGUAUAUUUUGCAAAAAUUCGGUAUCACGAUAUAGCGUAUUUCGAUCUAUCGUCACUGCCACAGCAAAGUAUACGAGUAGCGGAUAACAGAAAGUUGUCUCACCCUAUGGAUUUUAGUAACAUUGUAUUAGAGAUUGUUUAUGUUGAGAAUUUUGGAUCUUUGAAGCCGAAAUAAUGUUAUGGGAACACAAAAUUUACACUUUUAAAUAACGUUUGAAUAGUUAUACAUUUAUUUAAUGGACGAUCUCUAUUAUAUUUAUCGAUACAUAUCUGCACGCGUCUCAGCACUUUCUUCUUUACCCGACUGUUAACUGACGACCCUUCCAGAUGUUUCUAACGACUGGACAGUUUUCAUCCAUCUGUUUUUGAGACGCUGCGCACACACAUACUCCCACACACUAAUACUUGCAUACAAGUAUUCUUACUGCACGUUUAAUCCAGUCCAGCACAGAAAAUUAUACAUAUCUCAACAGUUUAUAACGUCGGUAACACUCGUAUUACAUUUAUUCGUCGCUCUUACUAAAUCCAUAGGUCCGCUUCCUAAAAUUAUAGCGUCUUCUCGUGUUUCUUAUUUCGUAAACUUCCUUCUGUCUGUCAUUAUAUCCGCGCCGCAGUUAACGUGUUGAUAUUGCGCACGGGGUUUGUACAAAAUAAUGGAAACACCCCUUAUACGUCAUAUAUACGUCGAGUUAGUCUCAUUGCGGUUAGGGGCGGUUAGGGUAACGAAUCUUCAUUUGGAUUAGCAAUUGUUAUACAAUAUGGAUGAUAUUCACUGCUACAAAUAUGAUUAGCGGCGAUUAGAUACUCGAGAUACUAAUGACAAUGAUCUUAGGUUCAAUAACGAAUCCACGGUCAACAGGGUAGCAUAUGUGCUUUCUUCCAAAGUGCAAGUCGAACUGAACUCCAUGGUGCACAAUUCAAAUGUAACUCAACUUACUUGCCCACGGUACAACUCUGUCAGUCCAAGUGGAAUUGAACUUAUAUACUCUUCUCUGUACCUCUCUGUACCCCACGGGUCAACUAUAUUUUUAAGGAGAACCAUACAACUACUCCAUACCUCUGUUAGGUAAAAACGUGCAUCCCGUGACCGUGGCUACGUUUAGCGAUCAGUCGUGUCACUUCGAGCCCAAGCCUACUGUCACAAAUCUCGGGCAAACAUAAUCGGAUUGAAUCAUAAACAACCCCCUCCAAGUUUUAUUAUUUAACUACAGCUAUGAUAAAAUGUCUAGAUUAAAGAAUUGGGGAUGUUGCCAAAAAUUCCAAAAGAAAGGCCCCUUUCAUCUCCGACAUAUAUAAUAUAAGAUAUAAGAGGUGCUUCUAUUAUUUCGCGCAAUCCUUGUAAAACGCUCCGAAACGAUAUUUUCACAAUCACCGAUAACGCGGAGAAAUUUCCAUGAAAUAUAAAACAGAAUCGAACGUCGAUAAAUGGAAUCUGAAGGGAAGAGCUGAAAUCUUCUUUCCCUGCGUACAGGAGGUUCAAAGCAGCGGUUCGAGUCGCGUUUCCUUCCUAUCGCACGACACGGAACUUUCAACGAGGGAACGAAACACGGCCGAAAAGGCUUGCGAUAAUCGGAAUUCCUGAGGGGUAUUUUGCGACCUCGUUUUUCCGCGCGGUGCGGCGCGUAGCACGCGUGAGGUACGAACCAGAUGCAAGUGGAACCAUCCUCAUCGGGAUAUACGUAUAUCGCGUGCCAACUAAACGCAAUUUCGGAAUAGUUUCCCUCGGCGCGCGGAUUAAAUUUUCCUUUGUUCGCGUUAUGGAGUCGGGCCGCGUUCGUCUCGUCUCGUCUCGCCUCGCUUCGCCUCCCAUUGCCGCGUUUCUCGGCCAAGCCGACUGUUCGCCGUGCUUUCACCCACACCAACAAUUAGAUCGACUACCCUAGGCGUGUACUUUAACUUUCCGGCCUUUCGGAAACGAGCGCGAAGCACCGCUGCUAUUUUCUACGCGCCGAAACAUUUCCUCCAAACAGAUAAUUCUGACGCAAGAAAGAUGGAACUGUUGGAAGAGUUUAAGGGCGAGGGUUUGAAGAAAUUUGAAGCUAUCGUUGGUAUAAAGUGGGAAUAUUUACGCAGGCUGAGCGAUCUGCGCACCCGCGAAAUAUGCAAAUAUAAGUGGAAAAUAUGCAAAGUAUGUUGACGAUAUGUUGGUUGUACUUUUGAUAUAUUAAAUGUCAUCUGGAUGAUGGGAUAUUUAGCAAGAUAUUCGCUAGCAAUACUCCGCUCAAAUUUCCGCUCGUUAACCGACCAUGUUUCCGCGUGAAAUAUAUUACCCGGUAUAUAUUACCCGGAAAAUGUGUUUUCUGAAAUAUUCGUUUUUAGCAGAAUUUGAGAAAACUCGUGGCGCGUUUGCCUCUCGUACGAUUCAGGUCGCAGGUAAUUACGCGAUGAGCUUAAUUAAACCAAACUAUUUCGUAAUAAUUCGAAACAUAAACCACGUCCUACGCUUAGCCAACCACUCAAAAUCGCAAUUGUACGACGUGGUCCAUAUUUGACAUCGGAGCUUCGAAUCGAGUCGUGAAACAAAGUCGGACGCGUAAUGUUACGAUUGUCGUAGAUUCGUUGAAGGGUACGGAAUGAUCGUUCGAAACUAGAAAGUUACUAAACCAAGAGGACGCGAAUUAAAAAGAUAUAUACGAAUUCGUAUAUUUUUGUGUAUUUUCUUGAGAUAAUCCAGAUGAGAACGGAAUAUGUCAACUACGCUACGAACUUUCCCAACAGCUCGAUAAUUCCACGUCAAAGCAACACUCAUCGCGUUCGAUUCUUGUCCAAUGUACUUUGAACAUUCGCGAAUCCGCUGGAUAAGAGGCUAGGCGUAAUCGCCGAUGUCCCUGAAAGCGCUUUAACGAUUCGUGAAAUAAUUAAAGCGAAUCCUCUGGCUCUGGAUUCGUCGGUUCGGACGAGAGACAGCAGCAAGAGUCGAAGACGAAACGAUGUUCAAUUAGUUGGGUCGGGGGUGGAUGGAAGUAGAAAAACGAGUUCCUAGCGAUUGCGUAACUUGCAAAGCUCCGUCGGAUGUAAAAGGACAAGGUAGGAAAGAACAGCAGGGUCAUUGGCUCUAGCUUCGGUUGGCAGCAACGCGAAAUCACGAUCGACUCUGUUCAAAGCACAAUCGUUUUCGCAAACUCGUGCCUCCCUUUGAUGACCCGAGUAAACGGUAACUCGAUCGCGACGGAUUUGUAACCGUUCCCCAGACCCCUUGCUGCUUAUUUGCAUGCAAAUUGCCAGCCUUUCACAGACACGAUAAAAAGACAGAGGGAAAAAGGCGAAGAAAAUAGCAUCGCAAGCGCCUGCGAAAGCAAGCAGAGUGUCCUAGCGUGGGACGAAAAUGCAGGAUGAUCUUCUUGCUGGUUAACUCUCGUCGAGUUACUCGAAAGAAGAACGACAGCGACGCUGGAAUGCUAAUUUCUCUUCUAUUAACUUCCAUUAAUUGACCCUUAACGAUCGAUAGUUUGUUUCGCGGUGUUCUCGAAGAUGACGGGAAAUUGGCCAAACCACGGCGAUCGUAAAUAGAUAGGAACGAAGAUGAAAUUAUUUAUACACCGCCGGCCACAAGUACUCCAACACCUACGUGUUACAUUCAGCGUAAAAGUCUAACGGAUUUUACUUUCCUUAGCGUUUUACGCUAUAAGACGAGCGUAAUACCGCGACCCAGUGACAAAUUACUUUGAAAAUUGAAACGGUGAAAAGCGUACAAUUUGCAUUAAAUAUCAGCUGCUGUGCUAACACGCACAUGUCAACUUCACGGCUGUCCCGUGCCUAGGUACUAGCUUGUGGUCUGCAAUUUAUGUUUGCAAAUGCAACGGCGGAAUCUUUUGAUCGUUAAGGUUCAAUGGCACGAAAAUCCAGCACAGACUCCAUCUCAACUCGAUUGCCUGUAUUUUUCCAAGCGUUGAUGUCCUAUCCUGGAUGCUGUGUCGAAAGCGAAGGUUUUUAACACUCGAGAGAAACACGAUCAGGUAGAAGACGAGUCAAAGAACGCGACAGAUUUAAGCAAUAAGAGAACCACCUUGUGUCUCUUGCAUAUUCAGCCAUUCGAACGAACUCGAUUUGACGAACUCGAGGGGAAGAACGUUCCACGGCCAAUCGAGGAAACCGCGGAGAAAAGGUGUACGUGUAAAUAACGAUAACGCGACCGCGUUGCUCAGACGCAGAUUUAAAUUCCAUUUGAUGUGCCGUCGACCGAGGAAAACGAAGGCCAGGCAUCAUCGACGCGUGAAACGUGGCGAUAUUUUUUCGGGAAAAGUCAAACGUUCCGACGCGAAAACGUUCUUUAAUCGACCGCGCCCUUUCCACUUGCUCCUGGAGCGCUGCACGGUCUACGUUCGACGAUUCAACGUUUUCACGAGUUUUAUCGCAGCUCGCAAAUGCGUUUGAACGACGAGAAUAUUCGGAGAUGCGUAGAAUCAUAAUACGUGGAAGUUGAAAGUUGUGGCAUGCGUAACUGUACGACGAGGCGCUAGUUAUCGUCAUCACCCUGUAUUCCAAGGGGUGAAUUCAUCUUCUCCGACGACAGCCCGUUGAAAUCUUCGCGAAUGCGAAUCGCGCAGCACUUUACUUAUUGUACAUACUAUACAUAUGCAUAUAGUACGUGAAUAUUCGAUAUGGCGUAAAUGUUACGUAUUAUUAUAUUUUAUAAUAAAACUGGAAU